AUGAAGCGGAAGCGCCACAUACGUACCGCCGCUACGGCCGCAGAGGACGCCAUCUCCUUCCAGCAUUCAGCAUCGGCCCCGCAGCCUCCGCGGGGGAAUGAUGACCGACGCGACGGGGAAGAGCCGGCAGCGGAGGCGGCUGCAACAGAGCUGGCUAUGGAAACGCCGGUGGCAGAGGCCGACGGGGUGCUCCUGCACCUCUCCGGCAAGAGCACAACUGGGUACGCGGGUGUGUCCAAACUCGCCACGGGCCGCUUCAGAGCGCAGCACUACGUGGGCGGAAAGCAGGUCCGCCUGGGCCACUUCGGCACGGCGGUGCAAGCGGCGGUGGCGUACGCGCGGGCGGUAGGGCAUGCGCGAGGGCUGGGGGGACAGGUUUCGGACCCGGCGAUGGCGGCGCAGACAGCAGCAGACGCGGAACGAGCGGCAGAGGUGGUGCCAGAGGCGGAGGGCCUGCGCCUGCACCUCUCCAGCAACGGCACCGGCUAUAAGGGCGUGAGCAGACAAUAUGACAGAAAAUUCCAGGCAGCCUGGACUUUCGACGGAACGCCCCAAUACCUCGGCAGCUUUGACACGGCAGUCGAGGCGGCAGUGGCCUACGCACGUGCUUUCGGGGAGGCUCCGGCGGUGGUGGCGGACUUCGAGGGGCUGCGCCUGCACCUCUCCAGCAGCAACCGCACGGGCUACAAGAACGUGUACCAGCAGUCUGCUAGCCGCUUCCAGGCGUUCAACAAAGUGGACGGGAGGCGGCUCUGUCUCGGCACCUUCGACACGGCGGUGGAGGCGGCGGCGGCCUACGCGCGGGCGGUCGAGGUGCCGGUGGUGUGCGAUUAG